CGUCACGUAAAGAGACACUCCCUGGUUUUACAAAGUGCAAAGCUUAAAAUCAGCUUACAGCGCUGUCUGCACUAUAUAGCCGGUCUAUUAAAAUCUCAAAGAAAAAAAAAAGAUGGAGAAUUCUCAACUUUGCAAGCUCUUUAUCGGUGGGUUGAACGUGCAGACGACAGACGAGGGACUGCGACAGCAUUUCGAGCAGUACGGGGAGCUGACCGACUGCGUUGUUGUGCAUUACCCGCAGACCAAUCGAUCCAGAUGCUUCGGGUUUGUGACCUACUCGACUGCGGAGGAGGCUGAUGCGGCAAUGGCGGGCAGGCCUCACACUGUAGACGGCAACAACGUGGAGUUGAAGAGAGCCGUGGCCCGGGAGGACGCCGGCAAACCCGAGGCCCUCGCCAAGGUGAAGAAAAUCUUCAUCGGCGGCCUGAAAGAGGGCGUGGAGGACGAACACCUGGUAAACUACUUCUCCCAGUUCGGUACACUGGAGAAGGCCGAAGUGAUCACCGACAAGCAGACGGGCAAGAAGCGCGGCUUCGGCUUUGUGUACUUUGAAGACAACGACUCUGCCGACAAGGCCGUGGUGCUCAAGUACCACACCAUCAACGGGCACAAAGUGGAGGUGAAGAAGGCCCUCUCCAAGCAGGAGAUGCAGGCUAGCGGCGGCAGGAGAGGCCGAGGCAGAGGAGGGCGCGGAGGCGGAGGGGGUCAGAAUGACUACGGAGGCAGAUACAACAGUUAUGGUGCUGGCUACGGGGGCAGUGAUGGCCGCUAUGGCGGUGGUUACGGGGACAAUGCUGACUCUUACGGUGGAGGCUACGGGAUCGGCGGAGGCUACGAGGGCAGUGGAGGCUACGGCGAACAUACGGAUGACUAUGGCUACGGAAACGGCUACAGUGACUUUGGCAGCAGCUACGGCCAGCAGACCUCCGGCUACGGGGCGAUGAAAGGGGGUAACUACUCUGGCAGAAGUAGCGCCCCUUACUCCAGAGGUAGUGGGGACUAUGGGGGCUCCUACUAAACCAGCCCUCGUGUGUGAGUGUGAGCUACCUCCACCUCUGUACGAUAAAGACAAUGGGGAGGGGGGAAACAAGGACUGGAUUUUGUUAAACAUUUUUAUAGAAUUGUUGCUGUUGAUUUGUUUUUCCUUUUUUUUUAUUUUACUAUAGAUAAUCUGUACAGAAUUUAUGAGGCCGAAUGCAUACAAAAAUGCAGUCGUGUGUUUUUUUUUUUUUUUCAUGCCUUGCAUAAAUUGUAAAUGGAUUGUUUCUGGUUUAAUUGUAUAUUUUGAUUUUGUUUUAUUUUUUUUAACUUCAGUCAAUUCACAAAAAUAAAUUGAAGAGUUGUUGUUUUGUGUUUUUAAAAAUCGGAUUUGGGUACUUCCUGUUUCCUGUUAAAUUUGAAAAAUGCGAACCAGCGCAGAGCUGCAGAAGCGUGCCGACGCUAAAGCGUCCUCACUGUGUGAUUUAGUGGAGGCCGCGACUCUUCUGUGAAAUGCGUUGCAACUUCACUCAUAAAACCAGCUUCAACUAAUAAAAUCAUAGUUUUGAUAUGUAAUUAUUUAAAAUUAUAUUCUUAAUCCGUUUGCAUAAACUUUACUUGCAGUGAUAAAUACAAGAUGCUGAUCGAGGUUUCCGGAAAGCAGCUCUUAGAACUUGCCAUACAUUUAUUAUUAUUAUUCUUACAUCCUGGUGUUUAAAUACAUCACACUCCGCUCAUGCAUGUUAUAAUGCUGCGCUGCAUUUUAUAUUGGCUUCUAUUUGGGAUUAUUUAGGAAGCGUGAGAACCACUGGCGCAAUUGAUUUGAAGACUAACAUUAACAUGAAUACAGUUACCGGUGCAGUUCUAUACAGCAUGGCAAUGGUGUGCUGCAUUAAAAUGGAGGAUGCGUGUGUGUGGUGUGCGUAAAAUGAGGUAAUGUGAUGACAAGUAGCGGCCAUAGGGGGGCACCAGAGUCUUAAAUAACAUUUUAGAAAUUGUGUAACCUUGUUUAAUUGAAGUGAAUUUAUCAGAUAAACUCCUGAGAUGAGUGACCCGGAACAAGGCGGUGGCAGAUUUAUACAAUAAUUUACACAAAACAAAAAACCUACUCCAGUAUCCAAAUACAUAGCAGUUUGCUAUCUUUAAACAAUAACACGUUUUAAUAUUGAUCACAUCUCAUAACGCUGAACAACAUACUGAAUACUGAAGCUGUUUAAACGUGGCGCUCAUAUAAACAAACAUCAAGGCAAAAGUAGGGACAAAAUAACCUUAAAAUGUGCAAAAUUGUAAAAACGAGACUGCAGGGGAUACACAUGGAAAGAAAAAGAAUGUGACAGCUGACAGGUUACUGUCUACAAAUAACACCCCCUUCGGUAGCUCACUGCUCUCCUUAGAGUUAAGUUACCCAGUUGAACUUUUAAUUUUGAAUUUGUCUUCCUAACUGAAAAACUCUAAUUCAGGCCACACGCCCUUCUCCAGGUGCAUUGUUACCCUUGACUCCAGUUUGUGCUAGUUAUGGAGGGGAGGUUAAUGUUUUGUUAAAUUCAAAAUGUACUGUACAAAAUUGACAUAUGAAUCAGUUUAACAUAGCAUGUACAAAAUGGAUAACUGAAGUGGCUUCUACUACUAAAACAAUGCGUACAGGAGUGAAGAACACUGGUUACAUUGGGUUCAUUUCGUACUGGUUGUUUUG